AUGGUGACAAGCAAAGACCAACGAGCCUCCAUCCUGCACCUCCAUCUGGCUGGAUGCACUGCAAAGACCAUCUCCAAGCAGCUCCAGAUUCCCUUAAGAACCGUGUACAACAACGUCAACAGGUACAAGGCGACAGGAACUAUGGAGGACAAGCCUAGAAGUGGAAGACCGAAGAGUGCAACGACAAAGGAGAUCGUGAAAAUCAUUCGAGAGAAAAUCCGCCGCCACCCUCAUAAAGGAGCUCAUCGAUCAGACGAUCCAUGGAGUUCUCAAGAGUGUGAAGGGAAGGAGGCAUCUGUAAAGCAUAUUGCAAUGAUGCUCGCAGAGAGACGUCCGGAGUUUCCUUACGCGACUGUUAAAGCGCUCUGCGUCUUUUUGAACGUGGACCAUCGGGAGCAUUCAAAUAACUUGAAAGUUACUGACUGGAAAGAACCACUUGACGUGGGAUCUCACUUUUCGGAUUCUUGUCCGGAGUUCGUCGACAGCACACAACGAUCUCGCCUCAUAAACAGGGAGCAUAUAUGUCGAUACUGUUUGAAAAAGUGUGGAAUGGGAGACAAGUGCUCAGAUGCCGAAAACGAGUGUUGGUAUUGCUCGCGAGUGAAGCACACCAUACUGGAGUUCCUUAUUCCGAAGAAGAAACACCAUCGCGCCAUCUGCCCGAUACCUGACUCUAGAGAUCGUGUCAGAGCGGCAAUGCGAGAAGUCCGUGCUGAUCUAGAGAAGCUCGAGCGCAUAAAGGGAGUGCUCAAUCGAUGCAGACGAGUGUCCUAUGGAUGUUCUCAAGAGUGUGAAGGAAUGGCUGGCAUCUGUAUAAGCGUAUCUGAUGCUUGCAGAGAGUUCAAACCGCCUAUGAACACAAAGGACGCUUUGCCAUUGUCUGUCGAGUGCCGAAGCUAA